AGCAUAAAUACCGGAGCCGAAGCUCUCACACUGAGCUCAACACAAGAGCUUAUUAAAAGUUUAUAUUUGGGGUUUAUUGCGCACAGAGGGCUGUUUUUCACAAGUUUCACGUCUUAACUCUCAUAUAAAGUGAUUUUUUUGGGAAGUUAUUGGCUCUAUCCGUGAAAUCUCCGACUCUGGAAUAGCUCGGUGUCACAAGACGCUAAUCCGAGAGGGAAGGGAAGCUAAGCUAAGCUAAGCUAGGUUAGCGUGCUAGCUGCGAGGCUAAGGGCGGAGUGAGGCAGGGAGUCAUGGCGAAGUGGGGACAAGGAGAUCCGCGCUGGAUUGUGGAGGAAAGAGCCGACGCUACGAAUGUUAACAACUGGCACUGGACAGAGCGUGAUGUCACUGCAUGGUCACAGGAAGUCCUGAACGAGCUUCUUCUCAGAGUGCGUGUGGAAAAUGAAGAUGGCUUCUGCCAAAUCACGGACGUGAGCGAGAUCGAGGGCGAGGCUUCCAUCAACAACCGCAAAGGCAAACUCAUCUUCUUCUACGAGUGGACCAUCAAAGCUUCCUGGACUGGAACCUCCAAAAAUGGGAUAAAAUAUAAGGGGAACGUUGAGGUGAUGAACCUCUCAGAUGAAAACGACAUCGAUGACCUGGAUAUCUGCAUCACAGCGUGUAAAGACCAGCCCACUACCCCUCUAACUGCCCUCAUGAAGAAGGAGGGGGAGAAGGAGGUCAAGCUGGCUCUACAGAGCUACAUGUUACACCUGAGGAAAGAGUUCUCUCAGGGUAUGAUCCUGCCUACAGCUGAGGGGGGCAGUAACCAGCAGCAGACCCACGUCAAGCUGGAGAAGAAGAACCCGAGCGGCUCCUCCACCACCUCUAAACCUCCCAGCUCUGGAGUGAAAAUCCCCACCACCUCGUUUGGUCUGAAGGACACGUUCCUCACCUCGUCUGAGGAGCUCUACAGAGUCUUCCUCAACCAGGAGAUGGUUCAGGCGUUCACACACCUCGCCGCCUGUGUGGAGGGAGUGAGAGGAGGACAGUUCCGCCUGCUGGAGGGAAACGUGCACGGAGAGUUCGCUGAACUGGUCCCAGACCAGAAGAUCAUCAUGAGGUGGAGGUUUUCAUCUUGGCCAGCAGGACACUUCUCGACGGUCACGCUGGACUUCACAGACCGAGGCAGUGAGACAGACCUAUCUCUGGAGGCCAGGGGCAUCCCCAGCGGUGAGGAGGAGAGGAUGAAGGAGGGAUGGCAGAGAUAUUACUUUGACGCCAUUAAACAGACAUUCGGUUACGGCGCUCGGCUCUGUUGAGCCACAGCUUUCUCAUUUAUUUUUAAAAGCCAAAGAAGAGAGUCAAAUCAUCUUAAACAUCAGUGUUUGUCUAAUAAAUAAGAAGUUACACACUCUGUAUGUCAUGCUGUUAUAGUAAAAUAACCAGCGAGUUGCUUACACCACAGAAACCUGCCAACAAAAACCCUCCUCUGUCCUGAAACCCUACACUUCCAGCUCUGACUGUUACACAGCACUGACACUGGAGACUCCUUCCACACAGGAGAAAUAAACACCAACAAUUCACCACAUCUACCACUACACUUCUUUUUUUUCUCUGUGAAUGAACGGUUACUAUGGAAACAGUAGAUAGGAUAAACUAGCUAAACAUUUAAUUAGCUAACUUAAUGUUUCUCAGAGAGACAAAUCUCUGAGACCCGUCUUUAUCAUGCCAAUCUUUAAUCGUUUAUUUAAUCGGAUGAUAAUGAACUAAAAACAUUUGAUCUGUGUUUAUUUGACUUUAAUCUCAGUUUUAUUGUAUCCUGACAGCAAAGCGGUGUGAUCUGUGGGCGUUAUCCCCGAGUGCCCUAAUGACUUCAUAAAUGAAUUUAACUUUAUAUAAAUGUGUAAAGACACUCUUAUUGCCUUGGCAUUGUUAUGCGU